GGAGUAUUCCGUUAAAAACUCGUGUUGCUGGUGCCUCUUAAAAUAAAUAUGACAGUGCAGUGGUAAACUCCUUUGCAUUGAUUGUUGUGUUGAAAGGAAAAUGUUUUACAGAACACACACAAAAUAAAUAGUAAUGGCCAUCUCAACGCCAUCCUGUCAGGAGGAAUAUGAUAGACGUCUGCGUGAAAUGGAAGAACAAGAAGGUCUUUUGAAGUGUACUAAAGAUUCUGUAAAUAAACUUAAAGAGGAUGUUUCAAGUUUGGCUAAGGAAUUGGAAGAAUACCAGUUAAUUAAAAAAUGGGGCAAACAGUCUGAUAAAGUUAUGAGACCAGAAGAAGAAGCUCUUAAAAUUUGUCAAAAAGUCGAGGAUGAACCAGAGUUAUUAGCAAGCAUCUUAUCAUCACUGAAGUACCAGCAGACAAAAAUGGAGGCCGAGGUAGCAGAGAGUAGAGCAAGGUUGAAGGCUGCAGAAAGGGAGAAAACAACUUAGAGUAUGAGGAUUGUUGUAAAAGUAAUUUCACACCAAGGCCAUUAAAUUUAAGACUGCCUUACUGAAAUAGUAAAGGGCUAUUACCGAUCCAAAUAUAAACACAAAUUUUGCAUUCAGCAUAGAAAAGCACAGUAAUUCUCACUAGGUCUAUGGGCGUCAAUCAGUGAGGUAUGAGAUACAGUAUGUCCCUCUUCCACUUACUAAACUCAAUAUACAGUAAUUGAAUUAUACUACGUACCUACAGUAUUAUACACUCCAAUGUUGACAAUUUUGUCUUGACUAUAAGAUUGCAGAAAUCUUUUCUUAUCCCUCCUCACUUCAGGGACCCUAGCCAUCAACCAUGAGUUUCUUGGUAAGGUGUUUUCCACAACAAGGACUACAUUUCCCACUUGCAAGUUUCUGCAGGGUUUUUGGAUGUGCUGGGGUUUGAUGAUUCCGUUAUUACAGAUACCCUAUAAUAUAAUAGCAAUGAAGACUAUGAAACGUCUGGUGGUAUUGUUAAUGUAUCACAACACUGUCUGACAGUCAGUCUAGUAUGUAAUCUCAUUGAUGCCAUGUAGCUUCUCUACCAUUCCUGCAAGGCGAACCACCAUUACCGCUGCUGUUAGCUCCAGUCGUGGUAUGGAUACUUCAGUGGUGUUACACGACUUCUGGCGAGGACCAAAGAACAUUCAACAUGUCCUUCAUUUUCAGCUUGUCUUAGGUAUGCUGCCAUACCAUAUCCUUUAUCGCUGGCAUCCGAGAACAUGUGCAAUUGGCGCGAGACUACAUCUCUAAGUCUGAGUCUCUGAUUAACAAUGUAUAUUACCUUUGACCCAUCACAAGGGACAUUAUUUCCUAUGUUGGCAUUGAUAGCCAAAAUCUAAAACUUCUUAAAGGUAAAUCAUCUUGGGUUGGUGUUUCAUUAUUUGUUGCUGGUAUUUCUUUUAAAUGGUGUAAAGGGUUGGUCUGUGCAAUUGGUGAAAUACAAAUUGGAUUUCCCUCUUGAUAGAAAUGAUAUAUCCACUGUAAUUUAUAAAUCAAGAAUAAACCUUUUUGGCAAUAUGAUAUGGUAUAAAAUUUUUAUGCAGAGUUUCCUUAUUUAGAGUAUGCCUCCACAAAACAAAAACCCCCAAAAUAAUAGUGUAACUAAAGAUUACAAUAGUUAUAAGUGCAAAGUAUGUUCAACCACCUGGAAUUUAAAAUGAUAAAAAUUUACUUGAAAACUGACUUGGAAAAAAAUGGGAUGAGUUGUGUGUGGUAUACUUCAGUGGUCAAGCACAGGAAGGAAUGAAUUUUGUUAUUUUUUUUUUAACCAAUGAAAUACUUGUACAUAAAAAGGGAAUUUGCUUAUACCCAAAGGAUAAGAUGAGUCAAACUGGUGACUUUUUUAAGUGCUAUAAAAAGUCUGAACAAAAGAAGCAGUCAUAACACGGUGGUUCCUAUUAACUUGCUUUUAUUUUUAAAAGUUUCUAUAUUGCAGCUGGCUUGUACAUAAGAUGUGAUGAAGAACGUUGUAAAGAAUGUAUAUUGAUAAGUCAUUUAUGAAGUUCCAUAGAAAUUAUGAUUAUUAGGUAAUUUGUUAAUUGCAGCUGGUGAAGUUGUUUUACAUCUUCCAAGGAUCGUCUUGUACAUAAGAUGUGAUGGAGAACAUAGUAAAGAAUGUAUUAUUAUAUAAUGUAUAUUGAUAAGUCAUUUUUUGAAGUUUCAUAGAAAUUAUGAUUAUUAGGUAAUUUCUGAGUUUCCAAAUUUAUUAUAUCAUAAGUGUAAGGUUGUUGAUAUUAUAUUGUAAUGACAACAGUAUUUUUCACCUCAAUAGAAUGUUUUCUAUUCUAACAGUUGUCAAUAGGCAUGAUUAUUUUUCGAGUAUUUAAAAAAUCAUUUCAUUAAAAUAAGUAGUUAACACUGUUAUUAUGUACUAUACAUAUUAUACCUCCAACAU